AUGAACGGCCAAUUUUUGACGCUCGCCUUACUCGCCGUGGCGGUCGGAUUGAGCUACCAACAAGAGGAAUGUUUGCUGCGUAAGUGAAAGUUCAUAUCAGUCUGUCGGGAAAAUAAUUUUUGCCCUGCGGUGAUGUGAUUUUCGGUGCGACAGAUGGCUCAUUAUUUUCCCGACAGGCUAAUAUAACCCCCAAUUUUACUAUUUUUACCAAACCCACGAAAGUUAUGAGUCUGUCGGGGAAAUAAUGUGGACUUGUCGCGCCUUGUAAUCGCCCGACGGCUAGCCGGCCAAAGGCAACGAGAAAGCGAGAAAUUUUCUCCGACAAAUCCACAAUAUUUUCCCGAUUGACUGAUAAGCUCUUCGGUUUUCAAAAUUUCGUUCUUCAGCCCGUGACAAAGGAGAUUCCUCUUGCGGAGAAUCCGGGGGCCUACGAUUUUACUUUGAUCUUCGCACCAAACAUUGCCAGCCUUUCCGCUACGAUGGCUGUAAUGGAAAUGGAAACCGAUUCACCUCAUCUUCGGAAUGCAAGACCAAAUGUAGUGGGGUUAGCGCGGACGCAGCGGACGCCGCGAAUGCCCACAAGAUGGUCGUAGAUGUUCGUAAGUUGUGAAAUAACACAUGCUUUGUUGGCAACCUAGGGCUGUCUUCCGCAAUAGAAAAUUCUAAAAUUUUUCAGCCAAAUGUGAUGGGGGAGUGAGAGCUGCCGUUGAUGAGAAUAGCAAGGCGAUCAGCUGUGACAAAUGCCCAAGCAAACACAAGUGUGUGCAAGGGCUUUGCUGCCCAAACAAAGGUAAUAUUUUGCAAUAUUUUCUCCACUUUGGCCGCAUUUUUUCCCCCGGGAAAGCUCUUGAUUCCAUUUUCAGAAGCCGUCUGUGAAGUCAACUACGACACUGGCAAAUAUGCCUUCGCCGGCUCGCAUACGCCAAGAUAUUUCUAUGACAAAUCCGUCGACAACUGCCUUCUCUUCACCUACUACGGCGUGCUCGGCAACGGAAACAACUUUGAGACCUACAACGAGUGCAUCAAGUUCUGCAAGAAGAACUAA